AUGGCACCACAUCUCGGCCACGAGGAGUUCUUCUCCUCCCUCUCUGACCUCCUAUCCAAGACCUCUCAAAAAGCCCGAGGCUCCGUCUUCCUCACCCAGAAGCCUCUCAUUGACACCACCGCAUCUUCAGAGAACGCCUCCUCCUCGUCGCGGCCGUCUAUCCUUAUCCGUGCAACAGAUGGCAACACCAAUGCACCCAAUCCGAAGAACAACAAGGUCGAGAAGAAGACCGUCUCGAAAGUGAAGCUGUCGACGAUAGUGGCGCCGGAGGACCUCGAGGCCUUCUAUACCCGCUAUGCGGAGGUCUGCAAGGCGGGGAUGACGGGAUUGAAGAAGAGGGAUCGUAAGAAGGGCAAGGCUAAGGCGAAGGCUGCAAAGGCUUAG